AUGGUAUCAGAGCGAGAGCUCAGAUGGUAUCAGAGCUCCAUGACAGAUAGUUCAGAGAAGGAUGUCGAAGAGCUGAUCGAUUCAGAUGGUGGUUUCUGUGUGAGAGAUUCGUACCUAGAAGAGAUUGGUGAUGGGACAACUUUGAUAGCAAGGAUGUGGGGAGGAUGGGAGCGCGAGUUUGGUGAGAGUGUUGAAGAUUGGCUUGCACUCGAACCGUGGCAUACCAUUGAAGGUUGUGACAAACUUUGUUGGAGUGUUCCAAAGGUGGAUCCCGGAGUCUUUCUUGCGAAGAUGGUGGCUAAGGACACAAAUUAUCUCUUCACAUUUGUGUUACUAUGUGCAGCACAUAAGUGGAUAUGGAUUGGCACGGCUAUUGGCACUGCUGUAUUGGUAAUGGUGCUUUGCAUUUCGAGGAGGAAACUAUUUUCAGGGGAGACCAACCCGAUGGUUGAGAAUGAAUUGCUUGAAUGGAUGGAAUCUGAUAGAUCCACUGGCGAUGUCAAGGGGCUUCAAAAUGAUGGAAAGCUGGGAAAUAAUUUGACAGUAUUUCGCUACGCAUCUGUCGUGGCUGCCACAACUAACUUCUCGGAAGAAAACAAGCUUGGACAGGGGGGCUUUGGACCUGUUUAUAAGGGAAAACUUGUGUCGGGACAAGAAAUCGCUGUGAAGAGGCUUUCAAGAUGUUCAGGGCAAGGAACUUCGGAGUUUAAGAAUGAAUUGAUACUCAUAUCUGAACUCCAACAUACAAACCUCGUUCAGCUUUUUGGCUUCUGCAUUCAUGGGGAAGAGAGGAUGUUAAUCUAUGCCUACAUGCCAAACAAAAGUUUGGACUACUUUUUAUUCGGUGGGCAAUUGAGAUUCUCGAUCACUUUAAUCUUACUAUUUUCAUGGACAGAUUCAACCAGAGCGAUGCUACUAGAUUGGACGAAGCGGUUCAACAUAAUUGAAGGAAUCGCUCAAGGACUGCUUUACUUGCAUAAAUACUCAAGAAUGAGAGUAAUUCACAGAGAUUUAAAAGCUAGUAACAUACUACUUGAUGAAUAUAUGAAGCCCAAAAUUUCUGAUUUUGGUUUGGCGAGAAUUUUUGCACAUAAUGAACUUGAAGCAAGUACCAAUAGGAUUGUUGGAACAUAUGGUUACAUGUCUCCCGAGUACGCUAUGGAGGGGAUUUUUUCGAUAAAAUCUGACGUCUAUAGUUUCGGGGUGUUAAUGCUUGAAAUCAUUAGUGGUAGGAGAAAUAGUAGCUUCUACAAUGCUGAUCGCGUGCUCAAUAUAGUAGGAUAUGCAUGGGAGUUAUGGAAAGAAGGCAGGGGGCUAGAGCUAAUGGAUCCAACACUAAAGGAUUCAUGUACUGAAGAUAAAUUGUUGCCAUUUUCACUAAUGCCUCCAAAGAAGAAGACCAGGAGCAAUACCAUGGCUUCCCAAGAUGGGCUCGACCACAGUGAUUCUGAAUCAAGGCAAAAUGCCUUUUCUAGAGAGCAAGAACGUGCAAGUGAGGGAGCUUUCACCCUCACAGACCUCAUUAUAGCUAUCCAUGCUAUGGGGGAAGCCUAG